GUCAAAGUGUAAUAAUAGUUUGGACUGCUUUUACUUCCAUUAAAGCUCCAGCUUUUCUUUUUUGGUUGUAUUACAAAUUGCCUUUCUCCAAUAUUUUAAUGGCUGAAAAAUGAAUAGGACUCUUCCAAGACUUUUUGAAUGCCGGUAACAAGCAUGUACACAAGUACAUAUAAAAACAGCAAAGCCUCUGAGCUUUUAUUGUGAAGUUGUGAACUGUGAAGCAGUAUCUAAAACAGAACAAUGCUAGUUCCAGAGUAGCAGAUCAGUGUCUUACCCAACCAACUUCUCUCUCACUUCACCAUUACAACUUCUUUUCUUUGUUUUUUUUGGUAUUUUAAUUUUUCAAAAUUUCCCUCCAAGUUAAGCAGUAAGGGAAAAUGGAAACUAGCUCAAUUUCCAAGCUGUUGAUUUGGUUCAUCACAGGUUUGUUAGUGUGUUCUAAACUGAUCCAGUGUAGCAUUACCUAUGAUAAGAAAGCUAUUGUCAUCAAUGGACAAAGGAGAAUCCUCAUCUCCGGCUCCAUUCAUUAUCCCAGAAGCACCCCUGAGAUGUGGGAGGAUCUUAUAAAGAAGGCUAAAGAUGGAGGCUUGGAUGUCAUAGACACCUAUGUCUUCUGGAAUGGUCAUGAACCUUCUCCUGGCAAUUAUAAUUUCGAAGGGAGAUACGACCUGGUACGGUUCAUUAAGACAGUACAAAAGUUGGGACUACAUGUUCAUCUUCGCAUUGGACCCUAUGUUUGUGCAGAGUGGAAUUUUGGAGGCUUUCCUGUUUGGCUAAAGUAUGUUCCUGGUAUCAGCUUCAGAACAGAUAAUGAGCCCUUCAAGAGGGCAAUGCAAGGAUUUACCCAGAAAAUUGUCCAAAUGAUGAAGAAUGAAAAGCUCUUUGCAUCACAAGGUGGCCCCAUCAUUCUCUCUCAGAUUGAGAAUGAAUAUGGACCUGAGAGUAAGGCACUUGGAGCGGCUGGUCGUGCAUACAUUAAUUGGGCUGCAAAAAUGGCUGUUGGACUGGAUACAGGAGUCCCAUGGGUUAUGUGCAAGGAAGAUGACGCCCCAGACCCUGUGAUAAAUGCAUGUAAUGGCUUUUACUGUGAUGCAUUCUCUCCCAACAAGCCUUACAAGCCUACAAUGUGGACUGAGGCUUGGAGCGGCUGGUUUACAGAAUUUGGUGGCACAAUUCACCAGCGCCCAGUUCAAGACUUGGCAUUUGCAGUUGCUCGUUUCAUACAAAAGGGUGGCUCUUAUAUUAAUUAUUAUAUGUAUCAUGGAGGAACCAACUUUGGACGGACUGCUGGAGGACCAUUUAUUACAACCAGUUAUGACUAUGAUGCUCCAAUUGAUGAAUACGGUUUAAUCCGGCAGCCUAAAUAUGGUCAUCUGCAGGAGCUUCAUCGGGCUAUUAAGCUAUGUGAACAUGCUUUAGUUUCCUCGGAUCCUACUGUUACUUCCUUGGGAACCUAUCAGCAAGCCCAUGUAUUCUCUUCAAGGCAAGGAAGCUGUGCAGCUUUUCUAUCUAAUUACCAUACAAAAUCUGCUGCUAGGGUGCUGUUUAAUAACAGGCACUACAAUUUGCCCCCUUGGUCUAUUAGCAUUCUUCCUGAUUGCAGAAAUGCGGUGUUUAACACUGCAAUAGUUGGAACUAAAACUUCACAUAUCCAAAUGUUGCCAACGAACUCCAUGAUGUCCUCAUGGGAGACUUAUGAUGAAGACAUUUCUUCUCUAGGGGAAAGUUCAAGACUCACAGCUCCCGGACUCUUGGAGCAGAUGAAUGUUACCAGAGAUACCAGUGACUAUCUGUGGUACACAACCAGUGUUGACAUUAGCCCAUCAGAAUCAUUUCUGCGAGGAGGACAAAAGCCCACUCUCAAUGUGGACUCAGCUGGCCAUGCUCUUCAUGUCUUCAUCAACGGCCAGUUCUCAGGGUCAGCCUUUGGAACCAGGGAAGACAGGAGUUUCACAUUCUCAGGACCAUUGAACCUACGUGCUGGAACAAAUCGCAUUGCACUUGUCAGUGUAGCCGUUGGAUUACCGAACGUUGGACUGCAUUACGAGACAUGGAAAACAGGGAUUCUUGGUGUUUUCUUGCAUGGCCUUGACCAAGGAAAGAAAGACUUGACGUGGCAGAAAUGGUCAUACCAGGUUGGCUUACAAGGAGAAGCGAUGAAUUUGGUCUCUCCAGAUCAAGCCUCAUCAGCUGAGUGGAUUCGAGGGUCACUAGCUACACGCAGUCGGCAGUCUAUGGCAUGGUACAAGGCAUAUUUCAAUUCCCCAGGAGGUGAUGAACCACUGGCUUUGGAUAUGCGGAGUAUGGGAAAGGGUCAAGUAUGGAUCAAUGGAGAGAGCUUAGGAAGAUAUUGGAUGGCUUAUGCAAAGGGUGACUGCAGUGCUUGUGGUUACUCAGGGACAUUCCGACCUACAAGGUGCCAGAGUGGUUGUGGCCAGCCAACUCAAAGAUGGUAUCACGUUCCAAGAUCAUUGCUAAAGCCGACAAGAAAUUUGUUGGUAGUCUUUGAAGAACUUGGUGGGGAUGCAUCCAAAAUAUCUCUUGUGAGGAGAUCAGUUUUAUAAACAUAGCUGACAAGGAGAAAAUUACCAAAGAGUAAAGAUAUGGGUGGAGAAGCUAUUUCAGUUUCAAUUGUCUAAAUGUUAUUUCACUAUUGUUUUAAAUUAUAAAGGUUUUAGAAUUAGGCAGUCAUCUGGAUGAAAGCUCUGUAAAGUAAGUGGGUGAUAAGUGAUGACAGGCGAGCCAGUUGAUAUCUAAGUUUGAAAUCCCAUUUUUUUCUCCUUUCCUGCUUUCAAGAAAUGAAUCAUCAUUUUCUUAGUGA